AUAUCUCCGUUUGGUCUCGUAGCCUUCUUCAUGAUAAAACCCUCGACAGAAAUCCAUCUUGAGCGAGACAAAAAUUGAGUGAGACGAGAAGAAUACAGUGAUUCAGAAAACAUGGAAGAGCUGAGCAUAGAAGAACUAGCUUCGAAUUUAUCUACUUACAAAGAUCAGCUCCAGCAGGUCAGGCAGCUUUUGGUUGAUGAUCCUGGGAACUCCGAAUAUGGUGACAUGGAAAAGGAGCUUGAGGAGGUAAUUGCUCUGACGGAGGAACUUCUUGCAACUGCGAAGCAAAAUGAGAGCUUUGGAUCAGAUGUUGGAAUUAGUGCCACUCCAUCUUCUAGUCUGCCCCAAUCUAAAGGGAAUGAAAUGGAAUCAGGAAGUAUCUCUGAUCAUCAGGAGCAGUUUCCUGUUGGCACUAAAAUUAAGGCUGUCUGGAGUGAAGACGGGGAGUGGUAUGACGCAACCAUUGAAGCUUUGACUCCAAAUGGCUAUUAUGUUUGCUAUGAUGGAUGGGAAAAUAGGGAAGAGGUGGAUCCUGAUAAUGUAAGGCCAAUUGAAUAUAACGCUUUAUUGGAAGCUGAGAAGGUUGCUGAAGCAACAAAACAAGCUAUUAAACGGAAGAUUGCUCAAGCUGCAUCUGUUGAUUUCCAAUCACGAAGUCUACCUGCAAAGCUUCGUAUUGAUCCUAAUGACCCAGAGGAUGUGAAAGCUACUAAGCGUAAGAAGAUACAUGCUUUCAAGUCAAAGGUUCGGCUUGAACAACUAGAAGUGACUCAAAAUAAGAGACAGAAUGCCUGGCAACAGUUCCAGACAACAAAAGGAAGGUCUAAGAAGGUAACUGGCCAUUCUUGCAUGAAAUAUCUGAACAACUGGUCUGUCUUAACAAUUGAAACAUACACUUGGAUUAAAUUGUCAUGUGUGCUAUGAAUGAACCUGCGGGAG